AUGCCUGGACGACAAGCGUGGGGAGAUGAUGACGAUGACGACUACUUGCCCCCUCGCCAAGAGUCGGCGGUGGACUCUAAGGGCGUCAAGAGCAUCGUCGAGUACCACUUCAACACCAACGGUGCUAAGGUAAAGCGGACCACCAAGGUCAAGGUCUUCACGGAGCACACGCGAGUGCACAAGUCUUGCCUGGAGCGUACGCAGUGGAACAAGUUCGGUCUCGCGGCGCAGGGGGAGGACAACCCCAGUUCCCCCAUCAAGUGGAGGGAGGAAUUCCGGAGGGAGCCCCCCCGGGAUUCGCGAAAGCCCGAGGAAAACCCCAACAGCAGGGGGGACCCCCUUAAGGGGCCCAGGGGGCCCAGGGGGGGGAACCAUCCCAUGAGGACGGGGGCCCGGCGGGGGUCCCCCAAGGAGGCCGCCCUUCCGGAGGAGGAAGGGUUGUUGCGUUUCUCGAGGAGUCACUUGGCGGUGCGAGCCUUGUCGGGAAUGGACGAAGUGGUUCCGCUCCUGGGACAGGCAUGGCCAAGGGUAUACCUGGCGAAGGAUCCCGAGACGAUGCAGAGCAGGGGGUUCGCGUUCGUGUCGUACUACCAGAAGAGCGACGCAGAGUCGGCCAUGCAGGCCUUGCAAGGCUACGGGUACGACCACCUCAUCCUCAAGCUGGAGUGGGCGAAGCCGAGCCUGAGGGAUGUGGCGACCGAGGGCGGCCUGAGCGGGAUGCGCACGAGCGGCUACGGAGAGCGCUUGGCACAGGACACGAAGCAGCAAGUGUCGUACGCUUCGAACCUCACGCGUUAA